AUGAAUCUACCCUAAUUAAAAUUAAAGGAUCUUCAAUAGAUAGACACAGCGAGAUUAACAAGAUUCAUAAAAAAUUAAAUGGCUGGAAUGCCUCAUUUGAAUAAUCCUAAAGAAUUAGCAAUAGCAUUAGCAUCAAAGUAUAUUAAGCUUAAAGAUUAACCAAAAUUGACAUAAUCAGUAAUUUUAGGAAAGGAAGUUAGAAGAAGUGAUUAAAAUAAGGUUGUAUAAUUACCUACUCUUAUAUAAAAUAAUUAUAUAUACUACUUAGGAACUGGUAAUAAUCACUAAGUUGUUUAGAGAGUUCUCUCUAAAAGAACUGAAUGGAUCUCUACAAAUAAUAAGAAUGAUACUUUAAUCAAUUUUAGAUGGUAAUAGACAUAAAAAGGUUAUCAGUAUGAUAAAUUGUUACCGUAAAAUAGAACCAAGUCAGUAGUCAACCAUUUUGAGUUUCAUUCAGAGAUAUCAUAAAAGAGCAAUCUUUUUAGAAAUCUCUAACAAUAUUGUGAAGUAUACCCUAAGUUAAAUAGGAAAAUCAAUUAGAUAUCUUGACUUUUGUUCCUCUAACUUUUGUAUUAGAUUUUACUAAUGAAAAGGCUGAUGUAUACUUAUUACAAUUUCUUUAAUAUUAUGAAAACAAUGCUUCUUAAUUUAUGAAAUUGAAUGAUGCUUAAAAUAAAUUCUAUAUGAUUAGACGUUAACUAAAUACAUAUAUGUAAAUUACUGAUAAAAUUAUAUAAAUAAAUAAAUCUAAAAUCCCUAAUACAUUCUUAGGUCAUGAAUAUUUAUGGAUACUUAAACCUACUCAAUUUAAUCGCGGCAGAGGAAUUCAUGUAAUUAAAGAUUUAGAUUAAAUGACUCAUCUACUUGAUUAAUAUAUUUCUGGUAAAUAAUAAAUGAGAGAUGGAUAAAUAAUUAAAUCUAAAUAAUUUGUAAUUUAAAAAUAUUUAGAAAAACCAUUAUUAAUUAAUAAUCGUAAAUUUGAUAUCAGAGUAUGGGGAAUGCUCAAUUAAGAUUUAGAAUUCUUUUUCUUUGAAUAAGGAUACAUCAGAAUGGCAUCUGAAGAAUAUAAUACUAAAAAUGUAUUAAAUCAAUAUGUACAUCUAACAAAUAAUGCCAUCUAAAAAUAUAGUCCUAAUUAUGGUAAACUAGAAGAUGGAAAUUAAUUAUCAUUUGAUUAAGCUGCUUCAUAUUUUAAGACUAAAGGAGACUUCUAUAAAGAAGUAUAAAUAUAUUAUAUACUCUUAGAUAGUUGAAAAUAUAAAGUAAAUUUCCCUUAAAGCAUUUUUAUCUGUUAGGAAGAAGAUCAAUAUUCUUGGAAGAAGAUACUGUUUUGAAAUAUUUGGGUUAGAUUAUAUGAUCGAUGAAGAAUUUAAAGUUUGGCUUAUUGAAAUAAACUCAAAUCCAUGUUUAGAAGAAUCUAGUCCAUUACUUUCUAAACUUAUACCUCGAAUGCUUGAUGAUGCUUUUUCAUUAACUCUAGAUUAACUAUUUCCUAUUACCAAAAAAUAAACUACCUUUUCUGUCCCAAAUUAUUCAGAUAAUCAUAAUAUGUGGAGAAAGUUAGGAAAACUUUAAUGA